ACUCUUAAAAUUGAACUCCAAAAAUUCGAAAUCGCAAUCCGAAGCAGCCACAGAAGAGAAGCAAAACUAAAUCACAAACGCAAAAAUGGCCUCCAUCGUCUUCAUCGCUGUACAGUGUUGUCAGUGCUCCACCAUGCAGGUGAAGCAGAAGAAGAAAAGCAGCAACAAAUGGACAUGUGCGGUCUGCAACCAAAAGCAAUCUGUACGGAAAAUCUUUGCUCAGGGCUACAAGGCUAAAGACAUCCGCAAAUUCGUCCAAUCCUUCAAUAUGUCCCGCAAUGACGGCGGAGACCAUCAAUCCCUAACCGAAAUAGCUUCGCCCGUUGAUUCUGGUAGUCUAUUGGAGCAUCAACAAAAGAAGAGACGCUGUGAUUGGAGCGAGUAUCUUGAUGUUGAGGAAGAUGGGAAUAAGGAUAAUGUAAAAGAAGAGGAUGAAGAAGGAGAUGGUUUGAGGUUAAAGAUUGUGACAGAGUUGCCACAGGAAAUGUUUAUGAAAUCCAAAUUGAGGAAGCAUUGCUCUGGUUCUGGUACUGGAGGUGGUGGUAGUGAUGAUUUAUACAGACCCGCGUUCUCAAAGAGGAAUAUCAAACGGCCUAUCGUUUCUCAAGAGAAAGAAGCAAAGGAAAAUCAGCCUGCAAAGGUCAUCGGCUACUCCAAUAGAAAUGGUUACAUGACAAGGAACUUCAAGGAGCAACAAAAUCCAACUCAACUAACAAUGGCAACAAAAGCUUCUAAAUGGAAUGCUUAUAUAGCCCAUGAUGAGGAUGAAUUCAAAGCGGGAAGUGGAACAAAUUUUGUAGAUGAAAUGGAUCAUUGUAGCAAUAUUGUUUGGGAGGCCAUAUUGGAUAAUCAGAAGGUAGAAGAUGAUAUACACCCAGAUUUCAUUUAAAUCUUUCCUAGGAGGUUGGGAGUGUUUUUCUAUAUCUAGGUAAAAAAAUGUCCUCUAUUUUGUACUCGAUCAUCUUGACAAAGAAACAUAUUAUAUGAUUGGAAAAUUUAUAAGCACCAA